GUUUUAUUCUGUUGCAGGUGGAAAAGCCCCACCAGAUCAUUUGAGACUGGUGUUAUUUGGUCCUAACAUGACAUUCAAAAGCUCUGCAGGAAACACCAUCCUGGGAAAAGCUGAAUUUGAUGUAAAUAAUGAUGGCAGAAGAACGACACAAAGUGAAAUCAGUCACAGUUUGGUCAUGAACAGGAGACUGACGGUGGUUGAUUCUCCUGGAUGGCUCUACAUUCACACCCUUCAGGACACCAGUGAGAUGGACAAACUUGAAAUAGAGAACAGCAUGUAUCUGUGCCCCCCAGGACCACAUGCUGUGCUGAGUGGAGAUGUUGCCUCAGAAUAUGGGAGCAUUUCAGAGUUCGGGAUCCGACGAGCUCAUGGCCUCGUCUCUGAUUGGUUGAUGAACAGAGUUAGACCAUCUGAGAUCUCCUCUGGGAUCGGCAGCAGUGUUUGUUCCUCAGCAGCUUAUAUGGAAGUUACUGAAGAAGUUCCUUCUCAUAUGGCUGAGAAAAUCAUCAACAAAUAGUUCUUUCCUAGGAAAAGGUUCAAGCUGUUUUUCAUCAUUUGAGCUUCUCCUCAAACACUACAAAGUUGCAGUGCAGGAACUCUUGUUAGGCAAAAAUUACUUUUAAGACGUUUAUUUCUGAUAUUGAAGCAUUUUUUAUUAUCUUUGAACAAGUACUGCAGAGAUGAUCUGACAGUCUGUUUAAAGCUGCAGCAGAUUUUACCUUCAGAUUCUGCUUUGUUGUGAAUAACUGAAGAGUUUUGUUUUGUUAAAGAUUCUUCAUAAAUGCAUGUAGUUCCUGCUAUUUACAUAUGUAUAAUGUCAAAUUGUCACAUUUUAAAGGAUGCACAUUUUAUUUCUUAACAAUUGAGGCUAUUAUUUUUUUUCUACCG